AUGGCAGAACAGGCAUAUCCCCCCGAAUUGAGUGAGCAACGGUUGAUUGAGUUGGUGACCCAGAUCAAGGUUGUUUUCUCCAAUAAUCCCACAAAAUCGGGACUGACGGAUUGGCAAUUGAACCAUGGAUCACUGUUGAAGCUCGUUCAGACCGAGACUGAACAUAGUGUUCUAUCCCAACCGGUGGGUGUCAGUUGUUUUCCGACCAAGUUUCCACGGGCGCAAUUUCAACAAGCGCUGGAUAUCCAGAAAAUUUUUAAUAAAUUGUAUUGUGCUGUUGCAGAAGAUGAUGAUUUUAUCUACAAUGCUAUCAAAGAUCUCCUUCCGGGAGAUCCUCUGGCAAAUGCGCUUUGGGGAAUUUAUAAAGCGGCGAAGAAAGCCGAAUCAGUCCAGGACAUCUCUGUCGGAGUUUUUCGAUCGGACUAUAUGCUUCAUGUCAGUGAUGACUCGAGCGAUUCACUUGACUCUCUAUCGAAUACGACUCUCAAGCAGGUGGAGUUCAACUCUUUCUCUUGCGCUGGCGCUACCCACGCAAACAAAGUAGUGGACAUGCACCGAUAUCUGACCCGUCGUGGGUUAUAUAAUGUCGAAGAAAACCGGUUUGACCUAUCAUCGCUGCCGAUCAACAAGAAUGUUGACUCUCUAGUAUCGAGCCUGGCAUUAGCACAUAGCACCUAUGGACCACCAAGGGCCAAGCUAGCAAAGGAGACAGCCGUGCUAUUUCUUGUACAGCCAACUAAUUUCAAUAUCGCAGAUGAGAGGCCAAUUGAAUAUGGACUAUGGGACAGGGAGAGCCCUGUGCCCGCUUACCGGCUGGGCUUUGGACCAGAUGUUCUUCAGUAUACAUGGCUGACCGCUUCACGCGAGUUGCUUUUUCAACCGCCAUGGUUAGAGUCGGCAAGCCCCAUAGAAAUCUCGGUUGUCUAUUUGCGUGCUGGGUAUGAGACAUUCGAAUACGAUCAAACGGGCCUGGACGCCCGUCUCCGGCUGGAGAAUUCCACUGCAAUCAAAUGCCCCUCUAUUCUUGGUCACAUCACGACUUUCAAGAAGGUUCAGCAAGCAUUGACAAAGCCCGGGGCUCUCGAGAGAUUCUUAACGGAAUCUGAAGCUGCCGCCAUUCGUGAGACCUUUGUCCCGGUCUUUCCUCUGGAUGGAUCAGCAGAGGGUCUUCAAGCGCGGGAAUUAGCGGGCAACCCCGAAACGGCGAGUGAUUAUAUUUUGAAGCCGUCUCUGGAGGGAGGGGGUCACAAUGUCUAUGGAGAGGAUAUUCCUGGGUUUCUGGCAUCUAUCCCCGAGUCAAAGUGGUCCUCAUACAUUCUGAUGGAGCGAAUACAGCCACCAGUCCUAUCAAAUUUGCUCAUGAGCUCAGCGGGGAUUGAUGGUGGAGAAGUUGUAUCAGAGCUUGGCGUUUUAGGAACCUGCCUGUGGCGAAGAGGCUCUGUAGGCCAAUGUGAAAUGCUUCACAACUCAGUGGGUGGAUGGACUUUCAAGACGAAACAUGCUGAUAUCGAUGAAAUGAGCGUUGUGAAAGGAUAUGGGUGCUUCGAUACGCCAUACUUGGUCUGUUCUGCUGAGUAG